GUGGACAAUGAGUACAUAUUUUUCUAUCUAGAUCCUUAUUGUUUACAUGUGUUAUCAAAUCUGGAAAGCUAACCAGGUGAUCAUAUCAUCACUGGUCUUCACAUUUUGACGUAGCUGAAUUAAAAUUGUAGGGAUGUUUUCUGCAAGAAAAGGUGUUAAAGGAUUGAUGAAAUAAGUGUCGCCUGUGAUUUAUUUGACAGUUGGCCAUCUGUUAAUUUUGAAUGAUUAACACCUUGGGAGAUGAAGGGUUAGCCACUGACUGACCGCUGGUCACUACUGUCACAUCACGCACAUGUACAUGUACCUAAUGUUAUAAAUAUUAAAUGAGCUGUAACAGUGAAUGAUAAGUCAUAAAGGCAAAUAUUCUUAUCAUAAUUAGAUGUUUUCAUCCUUAGCUAUGUGCAGGAUGAUGUCCCACUAUGUUAAAAAAAAAUGUAACAAAAGGUGCAAAAAUACUACUUAAAUUUAGAAUGAUUAUUAUGUUAUUAACAUCAUAUUCACGUAUGCACUCAAAGUCUUUAUCCGUUUCGUGGAAAGUUAUCACACUUGAUCAGGUGUAGAUUAAUAGAAACAUAAAAAAAAGUCAUGUGGCCUAUAAUACCACAGUAUGAUUAUUAGAUUAGACUGCACUUGACUGGGGUCACUGUACCCAGGCUGUAACGAUCAGGGUGUUAAUUACAGCAUGUGUUUAUUACCUUUUCAGGCCAUUCGCUGUACACUGCCAAACUGCCCCUGUGAAUGUUUCGCCCCAGGAAAACUUCAGCUGCGGAUCUGUGACACAUGCAAGCAUGGAUGGGUAGCCCAUGCUUUGGACAAACUUGGCUACCGUCACAUGUACACUCUUGGCAUGCAAGUGGAGAUAGUGCAACCGAACAUUGUGUUUGACAUUGCCAGUCUGAUGCUCUAUGGAGCCCAAGCAACUCCGAUUCGUUUGAAGAUUCUUUUGGACCGUCUCUUUAGUGUCCUGCAACAUGAAGAGGUACUGCAAGUUUUACACGGAUUUGGAUGGUCAUACGAGGACUAUGCAAGAGGGUAUAUAUUACAGACCAGCAGUUCGGGAAAAUCAACCCCUGAGCAACUGCCCUAUAAAAAGCGGUCUGAGGCUGCCACACCACCUCAUCCACCUCCAAUUCCUUUCCAACAUUUUCGCGCAGUUCGGCCAAUCUCACCGAAUUAUCAGAACAAAGAGGAAACGUCCGGCCGAGUACUUGAUAAAUGGACAAUUGCCUCUCGCGAGGAAGAACAUAUUAUUCUCCAGCAGUUUUUAAGGUUUGGAGAAACCAAAUCCAUUGCACAAGAAAUCAUUUUACAGGACACGAAAGAGAAGCAACAGCAGUACAUUUCACAAACAGCAAGAGCAGAAUCAGAAAUCAAAAAGUUCAUAGAGCGUACCAACUCCAGUAUGCAGGGUUACAUCAGACCAUUUGACUCCAGGCACAUGUUGUCAGGUCGUGUGCCAUACGUUCACUCGGGUAGCCGACUGAUGGCCCCUGCCUCCACGCUGCACAGCUAUACUCCCGUCACACCAGGCACAGAACUCCGCUCCCCAAGCGUGCCCCUGACCAACUCCACCCCUCUUUCUACUUCACCCCUGGGCCGCCUGCAAACCAUGCAGCCAUUCGACUACAGGCGGGAACAGGUCAGCCCAGCAGUGAGCCCAGGGGCACAGGAGAAGAGGGCGCCCCUUCAGUCUCCGCCGCAACAGAGCCCCCAGAACUUCAGCAUAGUGACCAGCUCUGCCUUGGUGCAGCCCACAGCCCUCACACAGAAAACACUUGAGCUAAAAGAGGAGCCACCUGUGGCUAACAGUGUGCCCAUGGUGUCACCAGAUGACUCCACCAAUGAUGCAAUAAACUACUCAACAAAGGAUCAUGAUCUGAAUUCACUGGAGCAGGACAGAAAGUCCAAACACCUGAGAAAAGCCGUUAAUCCUGUCAAGCGCAGCUGGACACCCUCCGGGGCCUUCGGAUCAACUCUAGUUUCGCCAAGUGGGAAGAAGCGUGUUCUUUGCACAGCUUGCAAUAAAACCUUCUGUGAUAAAGGUGCUUUGAAAAUACAUUACAGUGCUGUUCACUUGAAAGAAAUGCACAAGUGCACAGUAGAAGGAUGCAAUAUGAUGUUCAGUUCUCGUCGAAGCCGAAAUCGCCACAGUGCCAACCCUAACCCCAAGCUUCACAUGCCACAGAAACGAAAGAUUGAGGGGUCCAAUUUGAUAGGAGACUCAAAAGGGUCCGGUCGGCUGCCGACUAUGGUAGUGUCUUCGUCUUAUGUCCACCACAGCCCAGACUCAGACCAUAGCUUGGGGGACAACACGCAUGAUGUGGAUGAUGCUUUUUUCACAGUGGACUCUAAGCUGUCAUUUUUACCGACACCGGAAAAGAAAUUGAAACUUGACUUACAGUCCGAGGAGGAAAUGAUGCCAGACUCGAGCAUGAUUUCCAGACACAGAAUGUCCAGGCGAGAGGAGCACAAAAAACACGAGCUCUCCUCGUCCCGUGGCAGUCGUCGAAAGAGCAACGCUCCAACAAGGUGUGCCCAGACUGAGGAAAUGUUUGCCCUUAGUGAUGACAAUGCAGAGGACCGAGAGCACGGCCAUGAUGGACAGAAGCGCAAGAAACUCAUCGUGGAAGAACCUCUUGUUGAGGAAGAGCAAGAGGAAGGUAUAGAUGCAGACGAUGACUCCGAUGAUGAAGGGCAGAGUGUGGAGUUUGAAGACCCCACCGUGGACAUGAGUGGAGAUAAGGAGAACCUUGUUGUGGAUGAAUCCGACGAACCUCAGAAUCUGUCAACCAAGGGAAGAGAGACAAGAGCCAACAGUUCAAAGGGAAGUCCAUCAGCUGGGUACCCCAAGAUUGUAUCUCUGCUGACCAACAAACCUAGUGUUGAUAUGCCUAUGGAUUUAUCCGCAGAAGUGCAUAAAACCAGCCUUAAAGAGUCUACAAGCAUUGGCUCUGACCAAGAGUCUGUGGAGUCGGAUUGUGCCAAGCUGACAGAGCCAGAUCUUUCUGCUGAUGCUGAUCAACCCCUGGACAAGGAUAAUCCAAAACGGUGUCCUGCUUGUGGGAAAGUGUUUCAGAACAUUUUUGGGGUGAAAACACACUAUCGAAACGUGCAUUUGAAAGUAAUGCACGAGUGCACAAUAGAAGGAUGCACAGCGUCCUUCCCUUCUAAGCGGAGUCGAGAUCGUCACAGCAGUAAUGUGAACCUGCACCACAAGAUGAUGGUGGAUGAGGAAAGCAGCGAGAAGACCAAUGGCAAGCAUAAAGCAGAGGAUGAAGACAAGGAAAAUGAAGACUGCGAGGAAUCUGGAGAUGAAGAAGAUAAGGAGGCUGAGGAUGAUUUAGAUGGAGAAGAGGAAAAGAGUGUCUCCAAUGUCGUCAGCAGCUCUGAUUCCAGCUCUGAAGCGAGUCAUGGUGACGAGAAUGCCAGUCCCAAGCAGAAGGCCGAUCACUGCUACACCAAAGGGAAAGGUAAAGAAAACGGUGCAGAAGAGGAGCUGGAUGAAAACGACGAAACUGUCCACUGUCACAUCUGCGAAGAGAAGUUCAGGGACAAUCUGGCCUUAAAAGAACAUUUCGAAAGUAUACACCCCAAGGAGAUGUUCAGAUGUACUGUGAAAGGGUGCGACAAGAUCUUCUCAACACGUAAAAGCCGAAACCGACACAGUCACAAUGAUAAUUUGCACAGGUAUAUGGCCACUGCAAAAACAAACGGGGUCUCCUAAGCCAGGCUUCCACACCUAGUUCAUGUAUGCAAUAGUCUUAUUUGGUAAGACCUAGUAUUACUCCAUUCCACCACAUUACCAACUUAUUUGUAGGAUUUUUCGCCAGCGUUGCCAAACUUACAUCAUCAAAAGAAACAAAGCUAAUGUAGAGCACUGAUAGUUAUUUUUUAUUUCAUGGUGUCAGUCUUUGAUAAAAAAAUUUUUCUUUAUUUUGUCUGAUUUUAGAUUUACAUUGUAGUUUUACUUUUUUCUGUUUGUCUCAUUUUAUACUUAAUACGAUCAGUUUUUUGCCAUGUUUUCAGGCACAUUAUUAUUACGAGGGCUCUAAUGCGUUACCUUACAGGGCAGAUUUAUGCAUAAUAGUUUGCAUGUUGUUUGUACAGUUACGCCGCUACUAUGACUUUGUAUGGUCAACAUCUAAGUGCAACUUGGGUGCUUUUGCACAAAAUGCAAUAUUAUUUGACAUAAAUUUGUGAUAUAACUUAUAUUGUGUGUAGAAUUUGUACAGUUUCUAAAAAAAAAAGGACAAAAAAGGCCAAAGUGUUUGUCACUUUAUGUAUCAGCCAAAACUAUUUGAUUGAUCUCACAAGGUAUUUAUUUGUUAUUUAGCAGACUUUGUUUUGUUGUAUAAUGUGUCCAGUUACUGUGUUUUUUUCUAUUGUGUAGAAAAGAACAGAGCUGCCUUCUGGUUGUGUUUUAUUCAUGCCAUAAUCUGGCCACUUUAAUUGAGUUUGAACUCAUAAGCCGUCAGCAAUAUUGCAUUUUUUUACAACUUUAUUACAAAUGUUCAUGUUGGGAGACAGUUAUCUCAGAUGUUUACCAAUAUCAGUACUACAUGUAUAUUCACUGGCAUUGUAUACUGUAGGGCAUGACAACACAAUUUGACUAAAUAUAUGCAAUGUUUACGUACGGUGUAAUAUAUUGGAUAUGUGUAAGCUAAUAGACAUAUCUAGUUUGUGUGCAGUGCCUAUAAGUACAGACGGCUGUCGUUUUUACAAACAUAAUACAUUAUACUAUAUGGACAGCAGUAAUGUCCCAUAAAGCUUGUGGACAAAAAAAGCAAAAACAUUUUUAAACUGCUAAGAAGGAUUUGUGCAGAAGCUAGGGGAAGUAGUCUAUGAGGUGGCGUAUGCCAGGAGAAGUCUUUGUACAUAUGCAAAACUGAAUUGAUCUUUUGGUUGUUGUUGUUGUUGGUUUUUUGUGUAUAUUCAUAUUGUGAGGAGUACCAGUGAUGUGGUAUUUGCGGAUGUGUUAUCUAGUCACAUGAUCCAGACAUGAAUGUCACAUGUAUAGACAUGUUAAUUAUAAUUACCUCAGGAAUGGAGAUCUUGGUGAAUACAAAAAAUCUAUAGCAUAGGUUUUAAUAAUAUGUGUGUUUUUUUUGUUUGUAAGUGAUUUAUGUAGACAUUGUGGUCAGAUGAAUAUGUAUUA